AUGUUGAUUCCAGUUUUCAAAGAAUCAGAAAAUCUUACCAAAGUUUUUUUGGAGUUUCAGUUUCAGUCAGCAGACUUUGAUUUUACAAAUAAAGAUGAAUAUCAAUUGAUAGAUUCUUUGGAUGUGUCUAAUGAAGUCGUAGAAAAUACUUGGGAAAUUGAAAAUGAAAAUUAUGAGGCUGAAGAUAUUACAUAUGUUGGAGAAGUAGAUAUGAGUACUGUUAAAGAAGAAGACUCUUCGGAUAUUCCAAUGACGUACAUAGAUGAAAAUAACGUCGAAGAGUCUAUUAUAAUUCUAACCAAGGAAGAAGUUGAAGGCCUUAAUCUCGAUGAUAGUCAACAAAUUAUUGUCAGCACGAAAUAA